AUGCUGCUUAACGUGCUGAGGUCGUGCUCAGUGCGCUGUCAAGCGACAUCGCGUUCAAUACCCUCUCGACUACCACUGAGGUCCUUCAUUUCGUCCGUACUUCCCCGUUCGAAUUCGCCUUUUUCCGCUGCCCGUCCAGCUGGCAUUUUGACCAGGGCAAAUGUCACAAAGUCGUACCUUCCUGGCUCACGUAUCCUUCGAUGCAUGAACCAAGCGAGACUCCACUCGUCAGCAAAGACGGAACAGACUAGCGCCACCGCCGAUUCAGCCGAACCUCCUCCAGCACCGCUGCCCGUUCUCGCCAACAAAACUGUUGGCGCUUGGCUCCUGUUCUCCUCAACAUUGGUAUUCGCAGUCAUCGUCGUCGGGGGUGUGACACGUCUUACGGAAGCCGGACUCAGCAUCACGGAAUGGAGACCAAUCACUGGCAUCCUUCCUCCUCUCAGCCAUGAAGAAUGGAUGGAAGAGUUCGACAAGUACAAGGCCACACCGGAAUUCAAAAUGCUCAACUCCCAAGCCACGUUGGAUGACUUCAAGUUCAUCUUCUACAUGGAAUGGGGUCAUCGAAUCCUCGGUCGUCUCAUUGGUGUCGCUUUCAUCGGUCCCCUGGCCUACUUCGCCAUGCGCAAGAAGAUCAACAGUUCUAUGACGAAGCGCAUGCUUGGCCUGUCCCUUCUCCUCGGUGCGCAAGGCGCCAUGGGCUGGUACAUGGUCAAAUCUGGAUUGGAAGAGUCGGUUUUGGAAACCCCCGGAGCCGUCCCUCGCGUGUCGCAAUACCGUCUGGCUUCACACCUCGGGCUUGCCUUCUUGCUUUACCUCGGCAUGUUUGGCACUGGCAUUGCAGUCAUUAAGGAUUGGAAGUUUGCAAACGGCGCUGCUUGGAGUGGUGCGGCCAAUCAGAACAUUGCCAACAUCCUCCAGAACCCUCUUGUUAAGAGGGUGAAGGCGGCUUCAUGGGUAUUGACUGGUUUGGUGUUCUUGACGGCCCUCUCAGGCGCCUUCGUUGCUGGUUUGGACGCAGGUCUUCUCUACAACGAAUUCCCCCUCAUGGGUGGGCGUCUCGCACCCCCCGCUGACGAGCUCUUCGAUCCGGCCUAUGCCAAGAGCGCUGACAAGUCUGAUUUGUGGUGGAGGAAUAUCUUCGAGAACCCCACGACCGUUCAGUUCGACCACCGUGUCUUGGCGACGACCACUUAUCUCGGCACCGCUGCCCUGUAUGCAUCGACCUUUAAGACAGCUGUGCGAGCUGCUUUGCCCCCUCUGACUAGGACAGCGAUCACUGCCGCCUUUGCCAUGGCCAACAUUCAAGUUCUUCUCGGUAUCAGCACCUUGUUGUACCUUGUCCCAGUCCCAUUGGCUGCCGCCCACCAAGCCGGAAGUGUCAUGCUUCUUAGUGCCAUGACCCACGUCCUCAUCACUCUCCGACAACCCUCUGCCGCUGCACGACUCUGGCGCGCAGCCAAGGCAGCCGCUCAGAAGAAGUAA